GCAGGCGCCCUCCAGGCAGCGCUCCCCUCUACCAACACGGGAAGGGCAGAGCUCCAGCGGGGCACAGGGGGAGCUCGGUCACGUCCGGAUCCCCGCGAACGGAACGGGACCGCAGCAGGACCGGCUCGGGACAGGCCCCGCCACCGACGGGCCCACUCCAGGACAGCCGCAGCUAUCGCGAGACUUCGCCGGCCUGGUCGUCACGGCAACGGCGGCGGCGCCCGCGCUGCUGCCCUCCCGCGGUAACAGUGGAUAUUACAAGUAGGAACUUGGAUGAAAUUUCAAGGCCUACAUCUAGCUCCACCGAAUUGUAGAUCUUUAAAUACAUUUAUGGAGUUAACAACACCAGAACCAUGUUUGCAAGAGGUAUAUUCAGCCAUCAGUUUGGCUGAUGGUUAUCAGAGUGGCAGUCUAGAAGAUGGCUGUCCAGCAGAAAACAAAGGUGAUGACAGAGAUAAAUCUGAUGCCCAGGAAGUAAGAACUGAUCAGCAAACAGUGGAGGGCGUGACCAUCUCUCUUCACAAGUGUCUAUGGAAUCCCAACGCAUGGUCAGCAUGUACCUCUACUUCAGAUUCUCAAGAUGAAAGCACUGAAACACAUGUAUUGAAAUUCUGUGAACCUUCCCUGGGACAACCAACAGACUCUUCUGACUUGGAAUGUUGUGAAGACAUGGACAUAAAUGCUCAGAUUCAAGCAGCUAUAAAGAAAAUGAAUAAACUUGACACCAUACUUGAAAAACAGUGUUUUAAAGAAAAAGCAGUUAAAAAGCAAGGCAGAGAAAUGAGGGCAAUGCUCUGGGAAGAACUUCAGUGUAUCAGAACCACAGGAAGCAAUGAGGAGGUGGAAAACACAAACCAGUUUUUGGCUGUGUUCUCACCAUGGCAUAAUACAGUCGAUCCCUCCCAUGCUAAAGAGGAUGAAAUAUGCACUUCAGUAUUCCAUACACACACGAAUCCUGAAGAUUAUAAUUGCCAUAAAGCCCAAGAAAACCAGGAUUAUCCAAGUGAACUAGAAACAGAAAAACCAACAGAAAAAAUGCAUAGCAAAAACAAAACCAACCAGCAUUUCAUUAAAAAGAACAUUGAGCUAGCAAGGGAUUCAGGAAACCAAUUUGUUAUGCUUGAGGGAGAAAGGAAAAGGCUAACUGAACUACUGAAAGAUACAGAAGAUGGAACUGAAUUGCAAGAUCUUGAGGAGAAGGUACCUGACUGGCAGGCACCAGGAGAAGGGUACACACCUGAACUGAUGGAGUUUCAUCUCCUGAAUGAGAUAGACAAUAAACUUCACCUGCUACUCUCUGAUGGGGAGUUUUCUGCUCUUUCCAGCUCUAGCUCAAAAUGUCCAAGCCAGAUAUAUCAGGAGCCUCUGGUUUAUGCAAGCAGAAGCCUAGAAACAAUUCCAGGUGAGAAGGUUCUGCGGGACAAUAAAGAAAAACGUGAUCGACAGAAUCGUCUGAAAGAAAUAGAUUAUCAGCUGGAAUCCCUAGAGAGAAGUCUUACUGAAGAACAAAUGAGCCUCUCUGAAGAGCAGCUUAAGACCCUUCUGGAAGAAUGUAUGCAGCCUCAGAGAACAAUAAGUAACGUUACCAUGCCACAGUCUCAGGAAUCUCUUUCUUUUGGAUUAAGUCCCCCUUGUUACACAAGUCAAGACUCCACUCUUCACUCCACAUCUAGUCUUUCCAAAAUGUUAGUUGAAGACCAUAUUGUAGGGAUGUUAAUGGCUCAGGAAAAGGCUGGGCUCGAAGACAAAAGCUUAUGUGUUAAUGCAGAGAGCAAAAUCCCUGGCUACUAUACUAGCAAAGCAUUGGCUGGUAGUCACUUAUCAAAGGAUUCACUGGCCCAAACAGAGGAACCUGAUGACCUAGAAGGUUUACAGAAGAUGGAAGAUAAGAGUAUUACUGAAGGUUACUUUAUGUCAAGAGCACUCAACAAAAAAAGAUUGAAGAAACCUUCUUUCUUGGGUGAACCAUUAUAUUGCAUCAGCAUGAACAAUGAGCCAUCCACAGAAGCUGACAUUCUCAGCAUACCACUGCAAACCAAAGGAGAUUUUUAA